AUGCUACUUUUAUUUUUUACCUCUUCUUUCUUUCUGUUUUCCCCUUUCACAUUUGCUCUCGAAUUUUUUCUUCCUCUCUCUCUCUCUCUCUCUCUCCCUCUCUCCCUCUCUGUCUUGUCUUCUACUAGAGUUUUUUUUUCUUCAUAUUACCAUAUUUGUUGUACGAUACAAUCUGCGUUUUUCAUAAUGUUCUGCUCUUCUUUAUCUUCCUCCUUUCGUUUUCUUCUUCUUCUUCUUCUUCUUCUUCUUCUGCUUCUUCUUCUUCUUCUUAUUAUUAUUAUUAUUAUUAUUUCCUCCCUCUCAGCUUUUUUCUUAUUCCUGCUCGUCGUCUGCUUCUUUUCCUUUAUCCUCCUACUCCACUUUUUCUUCAUUUACCCUCCUCCUCCUCUUUUCCUGACUCUUGCUCGUCGUCUGAUUCUUUUCCUUUAUCCUCCUACUCCACUUUUUCUUCAUUUACCCUCCUCCUCCUCUUUUUCUUACGCUUGCUCGUCGUCUGCUUCUUUUCAUUUAUCCUCCUACUCCACUUUUCUUCUGCCCUCUCUCUGUUUUUCUUGCUUUUUUUCUUCAUUUACCCUCCUCCCUGUUUUUCUUGCUCUUGCUCGUCGUCUGCUUCUUUUCUUUAUCCUCCUACUCCACUUUUUUUCAUCUUUUUACCCUCCUCCUCCUCUUUUCCUGACUCUUUUUUUUCGUCUGCUUCUUUCUUUUAUCCUCCUACUCCACUUUUUUUCUUCUUUUUCCUCUUUUUCCUCUUUUCCUGACUCUUGCUCGUCGUUUUUCUUUUCAUCCUCCUACUCCACUUUUCUUCUUUUUACUCUCCAUUUCCUCUUUUCCUGA